CAGAUAUAAUGACUACAGCCUUACCAACUUCGACAAAGUUACUUCUCCAGUCUCCAUAAGUCUCUGGAUACCUCAACAAAACAAUGAAAUAACGGUGUUGACUGUUGAGUGAUAUUUUUAGUAAUUUAUUUUUUAAAAUUCGAUAAGUACAAUAAAUAAUUGAAAACCUGGGCUAUCUUAUGUUCAAAUGAUUUGUGAAUGAAGUGCAUACAUUAUAACACAGUGAUAGGAUAAGGUUCAUUUAAUUAAAGAGUAUUUUAUACAAGUUAACUUGUUCAUACUUCAUGGUUGUGUCAUUACAUCAACGAAUUGAAUUCGAAACUCGUAAUGGAAAUGUUAAAUCAUGGUAUGAAGGGUCCAACCAGAGCUGCCCCUGGAGUGCCUGGGAUAGCUGUCAACAGGUACUCGCCUGUUACAAAUUGGAAUGAUGAUCCCUUUGGUGCUGAUGUUUUUGAGCCCACACCACAAUUUGGGCAAAAAAAGAAGCCCCCACCUCGUCCGCCGCCACCAAAAGUCUCCAAACAACCAGAAGUCCCUGCCAAACCAUCACACUUCAUACGUAGACCUACUGUACUUGCAUCUUUAUUAUCAAGAAAAAGUAAAAAUACAGUGAAUAACCCAAGUGCAACAAAUCAAACAUUUACUGAUCCAGGCAGUGAAGUGGACUCUAAUAAAAUAUUUCCCAAAUGUGAACGUGUAAAUUUACAAAUGGGGACUCUGAUAGACCUUUCAUCUCCACCCAGUUCACCAACUUUUACAACUAGGUCUAGUAGUGAUGGUGUAAGUGUUGACAGUUUUGGAUCAGAUGCUACAACAUCGACAAACCAUCACAAUGCAUUUGGUGGGGGUAACGCCUCCCAAGCUGAGAGUGGAUUUGAGGAUGACUUUGAUCUCUUUCUACAUUCAAGAAAACCAUUAAGUAAAGAGGAUACAUUAGAUGAUUUUUCUAUGGUAGAUCCAUUCUCGCCUCCAGUUUGUAAGCUUCCAGUACCUAAGAAACCAACUUUUAACAAUGAUUUAUUUGACACAUUGAGUAAUGUAAGUAGUCAUUAUGCAGCUGCACCCUUGAAAGGGCCAACAAUAAUCCGUGCCAAACCAGCAAGGCCUAAACCACCAGAUAAUUCUUCUUUAUUAAAGAGUACAUUUGGAAGCAAUUUCCAGAUAACAUCCAUGAGUGUUAAUACAACAACACCUAUACAGAAAAUUAGUAAUGGCUUCACAGACAAUGUGGAUUCAAAGACGUUUAGUUGGGAUGAUGAAGAGUCACCAGAGCGGGAGUCAACACCGCCCAUGCCAACCAUCCCUCCUCCACCACCGCCAGAAAUCGUAGAUGAUGAUUUACCGUUGGUUUGGCCGGAAGACCCAGAGUUUGAGUUGCCGGACAAUUCAGACGAUGAUGAAGAGCCCUAUGCGAUUGCUUUGUUCGACUAUUUUUCAAAUCUUCCUGGCGAUUUAUGUUUUAAUGCGAAUUCCAAGAUUUAUCUGCUGAGGCGAGAAAACGACGAAUGGAUGUACGGGAGAUUGCGCAGAGGUCUCCAGGAGGUGGAAGGUCUCUUCCCGUCAAACUACGUCGAGAUCAAGGUGCCACUUGUGAACGAGAGACCCACGCACAUCGGCCAAGCGAUAGCCUUGUACGACUUCGAGCCAGUCCAAUCGGGCGACCUACGGUUUAGUAUAGGCGACAAGAUCACUGUGUUAUCGAAAAUCAAUCAGGAAUGGUAUUUCGGAGAAUGCAACGGCUCAAAGGGACAGUUUCCAGUCAAUUAUGUCCAAUUGAGUUAAUCUUCGAGUUUGCGAUAGGAAAAUAAUUUAGCAGAAAUUCGUUCCGGGCGUUAUUAAUUAAACUUGAUCUACCGUGCCUGCCUAUACACGCUGACUUUUCUAUAGUUUUUCAUCUGUAGUAAUUUCAAUUAUCCGAUCUGAAGUAUUUUUAGGUAAUAUUUAAAAUUGAUACAUAUGUACUAACUAAGAGCAAAUGGCUGUAACCGUGGCGCACCGCGUCGCUCGCCCUCUCUGUAGGGUGUUUCUUAAGCAAUUAUAUUUUUUUAUUUGAGACAUCUAAUGAAGUGGGUCAGAUCAACUGGUGACGUGGGGACGGAUUAAUACACACAUUUAUUAGGCUGACCGGAUGAAACAAAUUAUAAUUAUUACAGUUUUGUCGUAAAACGUCAAUUUUUUGCCUUAUUGGUUUCCUUUAAUAAACCAUUAUUUCAUGCAUAUUUUCUAUACAAAACAAUUUGCAUGGCAAGGCGACUCACGAUGAUAUCAUGACAUGACAUCUCAAUAUAUUUACUUUACUUUCUGAAUCUUUUUUAAAUUUAUUUUCUCAUGAAUAGUAGUUAUUAAAUUCAACAUGAAGUUAAUAAAGUUGACGUGUAUAGUGCACGCAUGAUAUUUAUGAAUGUCCUUGCGGGUAGUUUUGGAAGCUGGCAACUAUAAAAUUAAAUGGAAUAUUUAAAUCGACCAGUGCAGUAAAUUUAAGGCACAUAUUUGGUUGGGAGUUAUUUAAUCGACCCUUUCGUUUGUGUUAAACCACUUUAUACAUAAUGGCCCUUUGGAAAGUCGCAAACCUCAAACAUGCUACACUCUGUAAAUGUUGACUGCAGAGUACAGAGAUUAUCGCUUACUUUACAACGCGCGAUAGAAUCUAUACAGCAUUGCUUCGGAAUCUACAUAAAUACGUCACUUUUUUAUACUAAUAUUUGGCGGGACCAAGCAGAUGGCCAGUGGCGUGCACAGGGUCUUCGACCAGGGUACAUAAGGCAGGUCCAUCGAUAAAUUCAAUUGAAAAAUAGAAAAUUUCCCUUCCAAUAAGUGUUAUAUCGAAUAAUUUGGGUAGGCAGUGCUUUUUUGCAUGUAUGAAGUGCACGACACUGCAGAUGGCCCAAAGUGGGAAUCCAAUGCCUAUAAACAAAGAAACAUUUUGCAGGGCAUGC